AUGCGACAGAUCUAUUAUCCCGACCGUGAACUGACAAUCGACGAAGAGAUGGUACUGUGGCGUGGCAGACUGGUCUUCCGCCAGUACGUAAAGGGCAAGCGCCACAAAUAUGGGAUCAAAAUUUAUUCCCUGAAUGAACCCGAGGGACUCAUGCUGCGCUUCCAUGUUUACACGGGGAGUCAUGACUCUUGUAGUGGCAAAGGUCAUACCGUCAAAGUCGUCAUGAAGCUGAUGAGGGACUUCCUGGGGAAAGGCCAUUCCCUGUUCAUGGAUAAUUUUUAUAAUAGUUUUGUCUUAUCAUCCAAACUUUUACGUCAUUCAACCUACACUACCGGCACCCUACGCAUCGACAGACUCCAUACACCUCCAGCGGUGAAGGCAAAGGCAUUAGGCAAAGGUGAAACGAUAGCAAACUAUGCCCAAAGUGUCAUGAUUGGAAAAUGGAGGGAUAAGCGGACGGUGACCUACAUCUCCACACAAUAUGACAACGAGAUGGUCCAAACCACCAACCGGAGAAACCAAAAACGAACGCUGCCAAAACCAAUCAUGUACUACAACUCUUACAUGAAGGGGACUGACCGCUUGGACCAAAUGGUAUCGUAUUACCCCUGUGAGCGCAAGACCCUGCGAUGGCACAAGAAAAUUUUUGUGCACUUUCUCCAGGUUGUUGUUGUAAAUUCUUUUUAUCUGUACAACAUGUACAACUCAGAUAGGCUGACCCUGUAUGACUUCCGAGUUCGUGUACUUGAAGACCUGCUCCCUCCAAAGGAAGCCCCACUGCUCAUCACACCGACUCGCAACAGCAUGCAUCGUCUCUCCAAAUCAAUGAAGCGCAAAGGAAACGGCAAGUCAGUUACCCGGAGGUGCCGCGUUUGCUACCAAGAAGGCAAGCGUAAGGAAACAGUAUACUAUUGUGCAGUGUGCCCUGACGAACCAGCUCUGUGUGAACUCGGUUGCUUUGAUAAGUAUCACGAGGGCAAAUAA